CGGAGUCACAACCCCGGAACCCGGCGGAAGUCCUGCCUCCUGCGUCUGACCUCUGACACAAGGCGCUGGUCUCCGGGCGGAAAUACCGCGCUGUAGGCGAGUGCGCUCAUGCGCACACGGUGGGCGCCCGCAAAGGCUUGUUCCAGGAAUGUGUUUCUGAUCUUCGGGAUUUCAACCAUGUUGUCAAACAGCUUGCAAAUUUUUCUAAAAGCCACACGCCCCCAUCCACAUCCAGCGUCCUGCUGUUGGUUAAUAAGCAAACGCAAGUUUUCUGGAACUAUGCCAGCAGCCGUGUUGCGCAGGCGAGUUGUCAUCACAGGCAUCGGACUAGUGACACCACUUGGCGUUGGGACUGAGCUAGUUUGGGAUCAGCUUCUCCGAGGACAAAGCGGAAUUGUUUCUGUAAUUGGUGAUGAGUACAAGAGUAUUCCUUGCAGUGUAGCUGCUUAUGUGCCAAGAGGUUCCGAUGAAGGUCAGUUUAAUGAACAAAAUUUUGUGUCCAAAUCAGACGCCAAGUCCAUGUCGUCUCCCACAAUCAUGGCGAUCGGGGCAGCACAUUUGGCCCUGAAAGACUCCGGCUGGCAUCCGACGUUAGAAGCAGAUCAGGUGGCUACUGGCGUUGCCAUUGGCAUGGGCAUGGUUCCUCUUGAGGUUGUUUCUGAGACUGCUUUGAUGUUCCAGACCAAAGGUUAUAAUAAAGUGAGCCCAUUCUUUGUCCCUAAGAUUCUGAUUAAUAUGGCUGCAGGCCAGGUCAGCAUUCGCUAUAAACUCAAGGGCCCUAAUCAUGCAGUGUCCACAGCCUGCACGACAGGUGCACAUGCUGUGGGAGACUCCUUUAGAUUUAUAGCCCAUGGCGAUGCCGAUGUGAUGGUGGCUGGGGGCACAGAUUCUUGCAUUAGUCCGUUAUCUCUUGCUGGAUUUUCCAGAGCCCGGGCUCUGAGCACAAACCCAGAUCCUAAGCUGGCCUGCCGCCCGUUUCAUCCAGAGAGAGAUGGUUUUGUCAUGGGUGAGGGCGCCGCUGUGCUGGUGUUGGAGGAGCAUGCGCAUGCUCUUCAGCGAGGAGCCCGGAUCUAUGCAGAAGUUUUGGGUUAUGGACUCUCAGGCGAUGCUGGUCACAUAACUGCCCCCGACCCUGAAGGAGAAGGUGCCUUAAGAUGCAUGGCUGCUGCUGUAAAAGAUGCAGGUGUAUUGCCCGAACAGAUAUCCUAUGUCAACGCACAUGCCACCUCUACACCACUGGGCGAUGCCGCUGAAAACAGAGCCAUCAAGAGGCUCUUUAAAGACCAUGCUUGUGCCCUUGCCAUAUCCUCCACAAAGGGAGCCACUGGGCAUCUUCUGGGAGCUGCAGGGGCAGUGGAGGCAGCUUUCACCGCACUGGCUUGUUACCAUAAAAAACUACCACCAACUUUAAAUCUGGACCGCACCGAGCCAGAAUUUGAUCUAAAUUACGUUCCACUGGAGGCUCAGGAAUGGAAAAGUGAGGGUCGAUGCAUUGGACUCACCAAUUCCUUUGGGUUUGGUGGUACUAAUGCAACACUUUGUAUUGCUGGCAUGUAAACAUUGACUUUUAAUUGUCAUAAAUACAUAAAUAAUAUGUACAUAUAUAUGUCUUAUAUCAAUACCCAGAUGUCUUUAGCACAAUCGGUAUUUGUAGUAGGGUAGUUCUUUAUUAUGGAAGAGGCUGCCCAAUACAUUGUGGAUAGUUUGCAGCAUCUUGGUGUCUCCUGUGAGAUCUCAGUGGCAGCUAGGGACAACCAGAAAUGUCUUUGGACAUUGGUUUAUG